GUGACGCGCACAGCGCUGCGGGACGGAGGCUGAGCGCAGCAGAGGCGCGAGGAUGAGGAUGGAUUAUAACUGAUGAAGAGAGACGCGCAAUGAUGGGCUGUUCAUCACAAUUUGUGUGUUCGUGACAGCCGGAGUGUUUUUUAUACCUCUCAUGUUUAUUCAUGUGGGCUGGUGAAGUUCACCUGAUGCUGAGACGGAUCGUUCACUCAUAAGUGUACAAGAAAGUGAGCUUCCUCCAACUGAACCUCAAGGACAAACUCACGGAAUGUAAAUAUUAAUUGCAAAAAAAAUAAAUAAAAAUAAUAAUCACUUUUCCAGCGUUACGUUUGAUACCGUCUAUAGCAAUUUUGCGCGCUUGUAGUUGAAGAUAUUAUUAUUUAUUUUUAUUUUUUUUGCGUAAAGAAUGCCAGCAGUAUUCUAAGCGGGUGGAUUUAACCUAUUUAUUUUAAUAUAAAAGCAAUGUUGUGAGAGUUGUGACGCGGAAAUGCCCGUUUGACUACGACUUGGAGAGCGUUAUGUGUGAGCGGAGCGUUGUAACGGUCCGCCAAUGACGGAAAGUUGACGAACAUUGUUUUUAUUUAUUUCUGUUUUCUUUCAUUAUUCAACAAAAUAACGUGAUGCUUUUGUUGAUAAGAAACGCUUUUUCUAGUCCUGACGCGACACCGCGACGCCUCGUUUAGUGUUUUCUGAGGGACAGCGUCUGGUGCGCGUUCCUCUGAGGUUCAGCGUGUAGUGUACGUUCUUUUGAGGGUCAGUGGGUAUAGUGUGCGUUCUUCAGAGGGUUGAUGUUCUGCUGGCCUCUCGUGCUGCUUGUGAUGGGCUGUAUUCAGAGCAUCAGAUGCAAACCCAAGAGUUUCCGGGACAGCAUCGUGGUUCUGGAGGUGAACUCCUCCAUCGACUCGAACCCCACCAGCAUCGACGAGUCCUCUAGCGUGGUGCUGCGCUACCGCACGCCGCAUUUCCGCGCUUCCGCCAGGGUCCUGGUGCCACCGGUGGCCGGUAAAGAGAGCUGGACGGUCGGCUGGAUCCAGGCGUGCAACCACAUGGAGUUUUACAACAAAUACGGAUCCAAAGGGAUGUCCAGCUGGGAGCUGCCGGAUCUCCGAGAUGGAAAAAUCCAAGCCAUCAGCGACUCAGACGGCGUCAACUACCCCUGGUACGGCAACACCACCGAGACCUGCACCAUUGUGGGUCCCACCAAGCAGGACACCAAGUUCACCGUCAGCAUGAACGACAACUUCUACCCCAGCGUUACUUGGGGCGUCCCGGUGAGCGACAGCAAUGUACCCAUGCUCAGCAGCAUCUGGAGGGACCAGAGCUUCACCACGUGGCUGGUGGCCAUCAACCAAGUGUCGGGUGAGAUUCUGGUUUUGCAGACGGUGCGCUGGCGCAUGCGUCUACACAUCGAGGUGGAUCCCGACAAGCCGCUGGGACAGAGAGCCAGGCUGUGCGAACCCAUCGCGCAGGAGCAGCCACAGGUGCAGGGGAAGAACGAAGCCAUCCCGCCAAACGCCAUGGUCAAACCCAACGCCAACGACGCCCAGGUGCUGAUGUGGCGGCCGCGGACGGGCGAGCCGGUGGUGGUCAUACCUCCCAAACACUGAGACCAAAAGCGGUCAGGAAUCACUGUGCUAAACGCCAUUGCAAAAAGACAAAGUCAGAAUAUUACGUCUCAAACAGACGGAAAGAGUGUCGAUUCACGCUGCCUUAAGUUUACAUUGCUUUCACUGCAAAUGUUUCGCCUUAAACUGAGUGCAAUGCAGUAAACCUCGCACGUCCUACCUGUCCAUAGAUUUGCAAUGGAUGUGACCCAGUUAGUCGUGGUCUAACGGGACUGCGAUGACCGCCACGUGCCCAACAAAACGAGGACAGUCAUUAUGCAUUCAGUGUUUUCAGCUGGAGCUUCAGUGUUUUACUUUUGUCAACCAGCCACUUUCAGUGUGUUUUACAAGAGCAGAGUCCAAAAAUAUAUCUUUUCUACUACAUGCGAGUUUGCUGUGUCAGUCAGUGUCAAGACGUCGUGGCCAAUCCAUAGAGCAAAUACGCAAACAAUCCAUUCUCCUGGUGUUUGAAUGAGAUGCGUGUGAAAGGCUGCAUCUGCUCUUGUCAUCCAUCUGCUCCUCAAAUCAAACUCCAUCAGCAGAAGCUGAAGGGAGAAACGUGUCUUUGCCGAAUGAAUGUGCUGAGAAACUCAUGUCCAGGCCACAAUUCUGCACAAGAACUAGACAUUAUUUUCAAGGCAGUACUACAGAUAUUACAAUAAUGUACCUCAAAAGUUGGAAAUAAUUCAUAUUUUUAAAAGAAGUCUCUUCUGUGUAAGAAGGCUGCAUUUAUUUGAUGCAGUAAAACAGUGAAGUAUAUUAAAAUUUAGAAUGACUAUUUUCUAUGUGAAAACGUUUCGUUUUUAUGGAAACUGUGAUACACUACCAUCAAAAAUAAAGUAAUAAAGACUUUUAUUCAUUAAAAAAGGAUUUCUAUUUCAAAUAAAUGCUGUUCUUUUGAACUUCCUAUUCAUCUGUGAAUCGCGAAAAAAUAAGAUUACAGUUUCCACAAAAAUAUUUGACAGCACUACUGUUUUCAACACUGAUAAUAAUCAGAAGUGUUUCUUGAGCAGCAAAUUAGCAUUUCUGAAGGAUCAUGCGACACUGAAGACUGGAGUAAUGAUGCUGAAAAUUUUCAUAGCAAUAAAUUACAUUUGAACACAUUCAAAUACGAAACAGCUAUUCUAAAUUGUACGAAUAUUUCACUCUUUUUACUGUAUUUUUCAAAUAAAUGCAGCCUUGGUGAGCAGAAGACACCUCUUUUGAAAACAUUAAAAAAUCUCAAUAUGUUCCAAACUUUUGACCAGUAGUGUGUAAAUAUUUUAGCAUUUUUAUAAUAUAUCUUUUUUUUGCAUUGCAGUGUUGAAAAUUUGAGGGAGAAUUUGCUUGAUGUUCAUGAAAAUUACAAUUAAGCACAAUUUUGAUCCAUUCUGCAACUCAAAAUGCACUUCAGCGCUUCCUGAUGCCAUGUGUUAUUGACCCAUUGAAGGCCUUAUUGCACUGAGAUGUGAUUGUGUUGAUGGACAGUGAUUCAGUCCAGCUGCAGUCAAACGCUGACCAGCAUUUAUAUGCACACGUGGAUCCAGCGCUAUAACAGAAAUUGAGCUUUAAGUCCAUCUUCAUCCGUGCCGGACAGCUCAGUCCAUACAAUACAAUCAGACCAGAGACUGUCACGUGUGUUUCAUUUCA